AUGGAAAGAUUUGCUCAAUUAGUAAUAAAAAGACAAUCCAGCUUGCAGCUUUUGGCUUGGAGUUGGCCAAGGUGCGACUUUCUUUGGCUGUCCUUAACCCAGGUUCAUCUGACACCAGCUGCCUGCACCUUGCUGCCUAAAUUGAACCCCAAUGAAAUCAAAGUCAUAUACCUGAGGUGCACCAGUGGGGAAGUUGGUGCUCUGUCUGCCCAGGCACCCGAGAUUGGCCACCUGAGUCUUUCUUCCAAAAAGUUUGAUGAUGACCUAGCCAAAGCAACUGGUAAUUGGAAGGGUCUGAGGAUUACAGUGAAAAUAACCCUUCAGGACAGACAGGUCCAGAUUGAGGUGGUACUUUCUGCCUCAGCCCUCAUUAUCAAAACCCUCAAGGAACUGCCAAGAUAUAGAAAGAAGCAGAAAAACAUUAGGUAUGAUGGAAAUAUCAGUUUUGAUGAGAUUGUUGACAUUGCUGGACAGAUGGGGCACCUAUCUUUAGUUAGAGAACUCUCUGGAACCAUUAAAGAGAUCCUAGGGGCUGCCAGACUGGGCUGUGAUAUUGAGGGCCGUCACCCUCAUGACAUCAUAGAUGACAUCAGCAGUGGUACAGUGGAAUGCCCAGCUAGUUGAGAACUACAAAGGAAAAGUAUUUCAGUAAACGAUUGAUUAAAAGACACUCCAACAGUAAAAUAGGCAAGAGACUUGAACAGGCACUUUAUAAAAGAGGAUUUCCAAAUGGUCAAGAAACAUGAUAAGUCAUCAGUGAUAUGCGAACUAAAUGAUCAUACACCAAUCAGAAUGGGCCAAAUAAAAAAAAGUAUUAAUAUGACUAAGUAUUGGAGAGGGUACAGAGUGAUAGGAGUGUUCCUUGGUACGAGCAGGAGUGCACAUUUGGUACAACUCCUUUGGAAAAUAAUUUGGCAUUUUCUACCAAGGUUUAUUGUGCAGAUUUCUAUGACUCCACCAUUCCAUUCCUAGGUUUAUAUACAAAAUUAAUGCAUGUGCAUGUGUACCAAGAUAAAGGAACAAAAAUAUUUAUAGCAUCAUUCAUAAUAGUCAAAAACUAGAAAGAAUCCAAAUUCAUCAAUGGUAUAUUGAUAAGUUAUGGAAUAUUCAUGGGAUAUUAUAUAGCAAUGAAAAUGAAUAAACUUACCUACGACAACAUACUUGAGUCUUUCAAACAUAAUGCCAAGUGAAAGAAGCUAGUCUUAAAAUGUUCUGCAUUAUUUCUCUUUAAUAGAGUUCAGGCAGAAUAAAGUAACACUAUUUAGGAAUGCAUAUUUAAAUGGCCCAACUAUAAAGAAAAGCAAGGACAAAACUUGACCCUAAGUUAGGACGAUGGUUAUGGAGGAAAGGAGCAGGUAAUGAUUGGGAGGGUCAUGAAUGGGACUUGUAAAGUGCUAGGAAUGAUCUGUUUCUUGGCCUAGGUAGUAGUUUAUAUAGGUGUUUGCUUUUGAUAAUUUAUUGAGCUGCACAUUUUUGUGUACUUUUCUGUAUGUAAUAUUUCACAAUAUAGAUUUGAAAAGGAAUCAGUGUAUAAUAUAGUUAUGAAGAGUGCUAGCUUUGAACUUGGACUGGCUGAACUCACAUCACUUCUGUUCCUAUUUGCUGGUCAUCUUGGGCAAGUUACUUGGUUUUGCUGAGCCUCAAUUUCUUGAAUGAUAAAAAGGAAGCAACGGUAGUAUCAACUUCAAUGGUUAUGCAAUUGAGUGAGAUUCAGUGAGGAAUCAAAAAGAUGAUGACUACAAAAUGCUUAGAAAGUAACUGACAUAAAGUAAGGAUCACUAAGGAUAACUAGGUGUUGGCUAUAAUAAUGAAGAUGAUCAGAAUGAAGAUAGGAUAUCUAACUACUUUAAGUUCAGAUUUUUGGAUCCAAGCAAAUGCUAUCUAGGUCUUAGAACUCUCCAAUCAAGAGUUAGAACUCUCUAAUCAAGAGUUCUUGAUUACAAGCAAUAGAAACUAAUUUUGGCUGCUUUGAGCAGAAAAUGGAUUAUUGGAAGAAUAUAGGAGGCUCACCACAUUGUUGGAAGGCUGGGGAGUAGGCUGGUCUAGAGGCUAAGCAGCAAGAACAAUUUGGUGAGGGCGUUUCGCUACCGCUAGGUGAAUUCUCUCCCUCCUUUGUGCCACUGCUAUUUCCAGUUCUUUUUUUUUUUUUUAAAGAUUUUAUUUAUUUAUUUGACAGA